AUGGUUCGCAAUCAUCCCGGCGAUCCUUAUCAACGACAAGUGCUCGUUGAUCGUGUAUCAUCAUGCUCCAUCCGAGCGGGCCUUGUUGGCACAGUCCAUGGUUCCAUGAGUCCGGGAGGGGACCCGGGUACUUUAGUAGUCCUCGACUUCGAAUUUCAAGCCCUGAAGGUCAGUCGUCGAAUUAAAUCCGCAGACAUUACCCUGCGACUUUAUGGAGAGAACGACAACCCCAUUGUCGCCAAGAUUGCCCCACAAGGUUCUCACUCUUUGCAAGUCAGCACCACGGAAACCGUAGUAAACAACGGUGGAGCUCUCGACAUUGAAAUGGGAGGAGCCAUGGGCAUUGACCUGGGUGGAGCUGCUCAUCUAACAAGAACUGUGAACAGUGCUGUCCUCCAUGGUUUGAUACGUAGUACUGGAAUUGGUGGCAACAACGUCGUGACCUGGACUGUGGUUGAAAACUCGACUCUCCGAUUAGGCAUUCCAUCAAACCUGCGCACAGCUAUCCUCCUUAAGCGCAGUACAGACGAAGUCUUCCGCGCAGAUAUCAACAUCAAGGCGGAAGUCUCUGGAUUCUCAUUCAGAGAUAUCCAAGACGGCCUGAUGGAUAGUGAAGAUGACCCUGUCAUUUUCAAUCCACAGGCACGUCCUCAAUGGCCGAAUGGACGACUGCGAGAUCACAGCGUACAUGACUUGGAUGCGAUCGACCUCUCAUCCCUAUUCUCUGUUGACGUGUUGACACCAGUUGACCUAGAAUGGGAAAACACUCAGGCGGAUGAUGCCAUGGAAAGAAAGCUAGCCAAAGACUUUGGUCAGUCGAGUAAUCCCGAGGACAGUCAUAGCGUAUCCUGGUUUAUUAAUCUAUGGGAUACAAGCUUCAAUGUGGAGGAGCGGGUUGGCUUACCGAAAACAUUGCAGAAGAAAGACCUAGAGAAGUACUUCUCUUGGAUUUCGGAAUCACUGAAUGAACCCUUAGCAACAUCCACUGAUGCAGAGAGGGACAAGAAGAACCCAAAGCAGCAGUUAGGACGCCCUGAUCUUUGUAACUUGAUUGCGAGACAGUCAAGCGAAAAGAAACUCACUAGCCCUCAGAUAGAACAUCUCCUGAGCGAACCUCCCGUCAAAGUACUGUCUAGUUUCAUAGAACUCCCUCACGACUUGGAUGUCUCCCACCAGCAUGACCGCGGAAGUUGCCGAAUGUCCACCGACCGAGAGGGGGAAAUAGUUCAGAAAGCCUAUAUUAUCCAAACCCCAUUCUAUAGUACCGGGUUCUGGUCGUUAGUACUCUACUCCAAGAAGGACCUGGACGUGCCAUGCCCUCCCAGCAGACUGUCCGGGGUCAUCCAAGCAGAUGCAGGCAUAGACCUUCCCAUUGUUUUCUCUGGGGUUCGCGAACUUGCCGCAGAAUACGGUCGUCAUCACAGUUUAUUACCCAUCCAGCUAUUUAAGUUGCAUUCCACAGCGACUUCGAAACAACUCAAGUCAAUACAGGAAGAGCUCAAAAUGGUUGAUGAAGACCUUCUGCGGCAAUAUGAGCAGGAGAGCAAGCCAGAAGAGGCCAACAAGCUCUAUCGCAGAUUAAGUAUGGUGCUGCACAAGUGUAGUAUGAAGCUCGCCGAACUUCGUCAACGCAGGAGUUUCGAGGACGACUUAGGGAACGAUCUCCGCGACGAUCUGGAGGUCAAGAGCAAACUGAGACGAAUGGUCGAGUUGAUCUCCAAAAUGUCUAAGAACUUAGACUUGGAUGUUGAAGCUCUACCAGACAGGAUUGAGAGCCAAAGAAAUGUUCAUGACAGUUUCUUGCAGGCCAGGCUAGCGAGAGAAGCUCUCCGAGACUCCAAGGCUAUGAAGACGCUAUCAAUUCUGACCAUCCUAUUUCUACCCGGUGCCUUUAUUGCCACGAUCUUCUCUACCAACAUUCGGUCGAACGACAACGGCAAGAUAGAAAUUAUGGAUGAAUUACAGCAGGACAUCCAAGAUCUAAGAGAAUUCGCGGCAACCAUCCCCCGAGAUCAUGGUUUACAACCUACCUGUCUAACCAAGCUCAGUGGUCUUAUCGGGAAGCAUUUUGAUCAGACAAACGAUGUCAACGUACUAAAUGAAUGUAUCGAAAUCGGACUGGAGUCUCUUCAAAUCACACCUCGGGACGACCCCAUACGAGGAGGACGGCUUUGCAAUAUUGGUUCCCGCUUUGAUGACCGGUUUUCCAUCACUGGGGAUACCUCUGAUCUCGAAAGAGCAUCCUGCCUCACAAAGGAGGCAGUGCAGAUUAUUCCACUUGAUCACCCUAAUCGAACACCCUGCUUGAUCACGCGUGGCACCAUCCUAAAAAGGCUUUUUGUCAAAGCAGCAAAACUACAAGAUAUCGAAGAGGCCAUAAGGGUGACACUGGAAGCUCUGCAAAUUACAGAUGUCCAUCAUUAUCAAUAUCAGGCCUCAAGGAAUUUGGAAGACUUCUUUAUUGAGAAGUAUUCCAAUACUCAGAACACCAUCGAUCUUAAAAGCGCUAUUGGAUACAACCGACAGGCCUUGAAAUAUGUCCAAGAUAACCCGGUCCAAGAGGUUCAAUGUUUGUGUGAUUUAUCUCUUCGACAACGACACUUGUAUCGUGAGACGCAUGACACACAAGCACGAGAAGAGGCAAUAGAGGCAGCGCAACGAGGACUCCAAAUUGCAUUAGAUCAUGGUAUCGCUCGGGCAGUCUGUCUGACAAACCUAGGAUCUGUUUAUUAUACCAGCUUUGAGUUAUCAAAAUCGGCAACUGAUCUGAACGAGUCCAUCCGACUGGUAGAGGAGGCAAUUAGUCUAAUACCUAAGUGCGAUCCAUCAAGAGCACCCAACCUGAGAAACCUCACAGAUAGACUCCGCCGCAGAUUCUACUUAAGUAAUACCCUUCUGGACAUCCAACGUGCUGUUAAGGUUGCUAAGGAGGCACUCGAGAAUAUGGUUAAGGAUGAUGCCGAAUGGGUGUCGUUUUCAUGCAAUCUGGCUCUCUGUUCAGUAGUGAUGUACCAGGAAACGAAGCUAUUACCAGAUCUGGAGUAUGCCAUACGAGAAACCUAUAUCGCUUUGGGGUUGAGUCAUGAACAUGAUGAUCUCUAUGGACAGGUCAAAAGUAACCUCUGCUACUUAUUGGGAGACCGAUAUAUCAGAGAAGGGUCGAUCAACGACCUUCACGAAGCUAUAGCACAUGGAGAAAUUGCUGUAAAAAAACCUACUGAACCAUCUUUCUACGCUAAGCGUUUGAUAAAUCUAGGGUCAGUUCUCCGCGAACGAUAUUUCAGGUUUGGAAACGUUGCAGAUUUGGAAUCAGCCAUCGAACUUGGACGGGAAGCAGUCGGGGCCCCAUGCCGGGAUGAGUCAGAUCGUAUGAGAUUCUCAGCCAGCCUUGGAGCAUGGCUAGGGGACAGACACAACGAAUCAGGAAGAGAGACUGAUCUUAUGGAAGGCCUGACCCGUGCCCGUGAGGCAUACGAACACUUGGCACUUGAUCAUCACUCCGGGUCGCUGUGCGCACACACUCUCGGAAAGCUUUUGCAGCAAAAAUAUAAGCAUACUGGUCAAAUUGCUGAUCUGGACGAGGCUAUUGUCUUUGACUCUAAGUCCCUUCACCUCUGUCUCGAACAAGACCCUGUCCGACCAAUGCGAAUGAACAAUCUUGCAGUGUCUCUUGGAAAUAAAUAUUUGGCAUCUGGCAACUCGGUAUACCUUGACCGUGCCAUUCAACUUGUAGAAGAUGCCCUCCGCCGGGAAGCCGAAACGUCACCGGAACGGUUCGAUAUACUACAGAAUUACAGUGUGCUGCUCGCUCUUCGAUACCAGAAAACGGGGCAGGUUUCAGACCUUGAUAAGGCUUGCGAGCAGCUAUCUCACGGUCUCGAGCAUCUCGCAACUGAUCAUCCAACGAGAUUCACCUUUCUCAGCCUGCUUGCCACUCGAAUCAGGGAUAAGUAUCAAAUGAAAGGAGACAUCGAGGAUCUAGAAUAUGCUAUCAGAUUGGCACGACACGCUUGUGCGACUUCUUUCAAGCAUGAGAAGGAUGGGCCACUGAGGACCCUUAGCACACUUCUUGGCGACAGAUUCCUCGCCACUGGAAGAAUGGCUGAUAUCGACGAGAGUAUCGCAACAUUGAAAGAGGUAGAGGUCAGAAUUCCAAGACGUCACAUCGAUAGACCUGUGCUCCUUACCAAUCUGGGAGCACGGUUAGGGGACCGAUAUGCUCGGACAGGGUUGGUGGAAGAUCUUGAUGCAUCAAUUGAAUAUACUAGACUCGCAUCCGAUACAACUCCUAAAACCAAUGUCGAAUGGGCUCUGAGACUUAACAAUCUUGCAGCAAGGUUAGGAGAGAGAUUUUCAAAGAUAGGAAGAACGGUGGACCUUGAAGAGGCCAUUCAAAUCGGACAUGAUCUGAUACGUGUUACUGAUUCCACUGACGCGAAUCAAUCAGUUUACCUGAACAAUCUUGCGGUACACCUCAAGAGUUGUUACCAAAGAACAGGGUUGCUGGAUGAUCUUGAAACCGCAAUAGGGUAUGCGCAAAGGUCUGUCAUCGCGCUUCCCGAGGGCCAUAUAGAUUUAUGUGGACGGCUCAGAAACCUAGUCUCCCUUCUUCACGAGAGGUACCGCAUAACAAAAGAAGAUAACCAUUACAGCCAGGCCAUGAAUAAAGCAAAUGCGGCGAUCCAGGCUACCUCAGAAAGCGGCCCUUUGUACCCCUCGUGCUUGAACAACAAAGGAAGUCUCUUACUAAGUCGUUUCAUAGUAAAGAGGGAUCUGGAGUAUCUGGUGGAGUCUAUAGGGCUACUACGGAAGGCUGUGGAAUUGAGUCCAGAAAGCGAUGGCCAGCGCGCAGAUCGGCAGAGAUUUCUAGGAGACGCUUUGCUCGAGAUGUACAAUCACAGCAACGAUCUCCAAUUCUGUGAGGAGGCAAUCUCCCUCCAUAGAGCGGCAAUGGAUCAAAGGAAUGCCCCUCUUGUUGUUCGAAUAAGAGCGAGCAGGUAUCUUGUUCACGAACUCGCUGUAGUAGGCAAGUGCGAAGAAGGCUUUGAAGCUGCUAAGAAAGCCCUUGGUCUGGUGCCUCAGUUGAUUUUACGAUCUCUGGACAACUCGGAUAAGCAGUACCUUUUGACACAGGUCGCCGGCCUGGCUUGUGACGCAACUACAGUCGCAAUCAAAGCCGGCAAAUCCCCAACCGUUGCCAUCAGACUUCUCGAACAGGGCCGCGGUAUCCUCUCCACCUCGAUCAAGGACAAGCGCAUCGAAAUCCAGGAUCUGGAACAAGUUCACCCCAAUCUAGCGGCGACAUUCACACAAACCAAAGAGAAACUGGAACGCUUAAGCCGCCCUACACAGGCCGCAGACUCCGCCCAGGUUAGUGAGCAGUACGAACUGGAAGAACACUUCAAUGCUAUUCUCGCAGAGAUUAGGACGAAAGCUGGAUUCAAAGACUUCCUCCUCGGCCCAAGUGCAUCAAGAAUACUUACUUGUUCGAAACAAGGCCCGGUCAUCGUUAUCAAUGUCAGCAUUGCCCAAUGUGACGCAAUAGUUCUCAAGGCCCAGGGCGAGGAAUAUAUGAGGCUACCCAAGUUGAGCGAGGCCGAAAUCGAGCGAAGGGCCCGAAGCGGUCAAAUUAAUACACCUGAAACUUUAGAAUGGCUAUGGGAUACUAUCGCGAAGCCAAUUCUCAGCAACCUGGGUAUCACUGAUGCACCAGGAGUGGGUGAUGACUGGCAACGGAUUUGGUGGAUACCGACAGGUUCACUCGCCAGAUUUCCGCUUCAUGCAGCUGGUUAUCAUCUACGGGACACCAAAGAAACAGUUCUAGAUAGAGUUAUGUCUUCUUACAGUUCGUCGAUCAAAGCGAUGCUCCUUUUCGACGAGAGGCCACUGAAGCAAUCACCCAGGUCCAAGGCACUUCUAAUAAGCGCCGAACAUGGAGACUCUAGCCGAUACCUACCUUCCGCAGAGAGGGAGAUUAGCGUCGUUCGUGAAAUGUGCGAUACAAUGGAUUUGGAAGUGGUGGUGGACUCAGGAACAUCGAAGACUAAUGUUAAAUCACACUUGAAAGAGUGCAAGGUCUUUCACUUUGCCGGACAUGGAUUUACUGACCCUAGUGACCCUUCUAAGAGUCAUUUGAAGUUGGGGCCAGGUGAAGAUGGAAUGUUGACAGUGGGCGAAUUAAUGGAUCUCAAUCUGAGCAGGAAUCCUCCAUUUCUUGCAUAUCUUUCCGCGUGUGAGACUGCAAGAUUUAAGGACUCGAGGUAUGCAGAUGAGAGUCUCCAUCUGAUUGGCGCUUGCCAGACUUCUGGCUUCCGCCAUGUUGUUGGCACUUUAUGGGAGGUCAAAGAUGAUCUAUGCGCGGAAGUUGCAGCUGGCGUCUACAAAACUAUUCAAGACCAAGGUUUCAAAGACCGUGCCGUUUGUCUAGGGCUGCAUAACGCUGUGAGAGCGAUGCGCAAGGAUUGGGUCGAGAGUCACAGAAGAUAUCUAGACCGAGCCCAAAGCGAGAUCCUGGAUGGAGCAGUUGCCCGGAGACGCAACCCAGAGCUGCGUAAUAUUAUAUCUGUGUAUGACGAUGACGAGGAGAAAUUGGAAUGGAUUCCUUUUGUUCAUUUUGGAAACUAG